GAUUGUGAAUCGAUGUCGUUGUUCUCGAAAGCUUCAAAACUUGUUUUUCUUGUUUCCCGUUAGUCGAAGCGGCGUUGUUUUGACAUUUGAAGCUAGGGGUCUUUUUAAGGAGUUUCCUAUAAUACUGCUAUUGUGAUAUUUUUUAUUUUAAGAAUGGAAGUAAAAAAGGAAGAAGACGAUGAAGUUGUAGGUGACUAUAUAUUUGAUGGAACUAAAAGUUCUGCGAGAAAUAAAAUUAAAGUUCAUCAGUCAAAAGAAAAUCCUACCUGCAAGACUGGACAAAGCCGACGCCGCAAAAUCUUUAAGAAGAACAAAUCUGUUUAUAAAGGUCCUCGUGCCAUUUCUGUUCCCGUUGCUACCAACCGGGUUUAUUAUCGUGGUUCCUAUUUUACUAAAGGAGAUGUUGUGUCACUUAUUGAUGAUCAAGCGCGAGUUUAUUAUGCUCAGAUUCGUGGCCUGCUUCAAGACCAGUACUGUCAAAAGAGUGCUGUCAUAACAUGGCUGCUUCCAACCCAGAGUAGUCCAAAAGGACGCUUUGAUCCAGCCACUUAUAUCAUAGGCCCUGAAGAAGAAUUUCCAAGAACGCUUGAUUGUCUUGAAUUUGUUUGUCAUUCUCCAAACGGAUAUUAUUAUUUGGAAAAUCCACGUCAUCCAGAGGUACAAGAGAAACCAGUAUGUGGAUUUGCUUGGACAAGUAAAGGUCCAAAAAUAGUAUCUCUUCCUGCUGAAGAAUUUCAUACUGACAGUGAAUAAUCAGUAAUAUCGAAAACUUUUGGCAUUUUGUAAACUUUUUAGUUUGAAAUGUCUGUUUUUUAUCCCAGCAUAUUUAAUUUUUUUUUCACACUUAUCAUUCUAUUUUGAGUCUGUAAUAAAUAUUUGUCGUGAAAUUGUGUUGCCUAAAAUUUAAACACAGAUAGCUGGGUAAAAUUUUUUUUUAGAAUUAUUAAAAAUUAAUUCAUUACAACAUUAAUUAAAGCUCAAAUUUAUUGGAUUAUGUUGAUAUAUUUCAGAAUGGCUUAGUCUUUUAAAAGAUUAUUAAGAAGAAGUGGAGAAGGAUAUGUUAUUAUGUAAUAUGAUAAUAUUUAAAAUCAAGAUAGUUUUAUUAUUUUCAAUAUGAUUGCAGGUAGUUUUCUUAGCUUCAACAGGUUUAUCUGAAAGUAUUCAGCACUUUUAUAUAGAGCUAAUUUCUUGGAGUUGCAAUUUGUCUUUUUAAAUGCUUGAUAUAUUUUUACAUUGCAUCUUUUAUUUCUCUUUGAUUCUUUACACUUGUUUAUUAAAAUUCAGGAAAUUUAA